AGUGCCUCAGCUUUUGGAAUGACUCGAACCAAGCAUCUGCCUAUAAGACGUGAUUUGUUGCUUCCCUCAUCUCACCAGUCACCAAAGAAAUAUCAAGGUGGUAAUUUUUGCGGUCCACCUGCAUCGAAGAAAAAAUCUACCAAAAGUCCUCAGAAGGAAGUGCGGAUUUCAUCAAAGCGGGCGAAUUUUAGAAAAGGUUGCAGAGCGUUGCAAGAAGUAAAGCAUUACCAGAGGACCACACAUUUACUGAUUAGUAAAAGCCCAUUCACCAGAUUAAUCAAGGAAAUCCUUAAUCCUGAAUGGUCUUCACAAAUGUAUAAUAUCACGCCUGAUGCGAUUUCUGCUCUUCAAGAAGCAUCCGAAGCUUUUCUCGUUCAAUUAUUCGAAAAUUCAUAUCUUUUAUCGCUUCACGCUAAGCGAAUUACAUUGAUGGUGAGAGAUAUUUGUAUGGUCAGGCGAAUUCUGAAUUUCUAA